AUGUCGUCUCCCACAUACAAGCUCCCUCCUCUGCCAUAUGCAUACGAUGCCUUGGAACCCAGCAUCUCGAAGCAAAUCAUGGAGCUACACCACUCCAAGCACCACCAGACCUAUAUUACAAACCUCAACAAGGCACUAGAAGUCUCGGCCAAGGCCCUGUCGGAGGGUAAGCUCGAGGACUCGGCCGCCCAGCUCGCCGCGAUCCGCUUCAACGGCGGCGGCCACAUCAACCACGCGCUGUUUUGGGAGAACCUGGCCCCGUCGUCAUCGAGCGACUCCAAGCCCGACGCGGCGCCCAAGCUGGUCGCGGCCAUCAAGGACACCUGGGGCAGCCUCGACGGCUUCAAAAAGGCGUUCGGUGCAGCCCUGCUGGGCAUCCAGGGCAGCGGCUGGGGCUGGUUGGUCAAGGAGGCCGGUACGGGCCAGCUGCGCAUCGCCACCCUCGCCAAUCAAGAGGCCGUCGUGGUUGGAGACACACCGCUCUUCGGCGUCGACAUGUGGGAGCACGCCUACUACCUCCAGUAUCUCAAUGGCAAGGCAGCCUACGUCGAAAAUAUCUGGAACGUCAUCAACUGGAAGACAGCUGAGCAGCGAUACGCGGGAGCCCGGGAGGAUGCAUUCAAGAUCCUCAAGGCCAACAUGUAA